UCAAACUUCAGUGUAAAAUGCCACUUUGUGCCAGAAAUUGCUACUAAUAGUGUGGAAACCACCAUUCUUAAUCGUAUUGCAAAUAAAUAUGAUUAUUUUCGCAAUUUUCAUGGGCGGUGUACUUCUGUUCAUAUUCAGAGCCUUUUUCUUUCAACCGGAGCCAUUCUACCCGCCGCCGUUCAGACGAUCAAGUACCUUUCAAACAUCAAACCCUUCAAAAAAUUCCACCAGCUCGUCUCCGUCGUCAACCUCGGUCUCGUCAAUCCCAUCUAAAUCGUUGAAGAAUCCUUUCGAAGUGAUGGGCCACAACGUGCACAUCAUAACAACCGCCACAAAAUGCAUAGAUUUCAUCCGUCAAAUGCGUGACCAUUGCCGAAACUUCCCCGUCAUCGGUCUGGACUGCGAAUGGGUUUCAUUUUAUGGUACGCGACAGAAAGUGGCCCUCCUGCAACUGGCUUCCGCUUCCGGUCUAUGCCUCCUGAUACGGUUGUUUCAAAUGGACGCCUUUCCGCGGGAGCUGAGAGACCUUCUCGGCGAUCCUCGGAUUUUCAAAGUUGGCGUUGAAGUGUUCUACGACGGACAAAAGCUUCUGCAGGACUACGGUCUCGAUGUGAAGGGAACGGUCGAUUUACGUCAUUUGGCUAAGCGACUUCGAGUGCCCGGAAAGUUUGGCCUGGGAGGAUUAGCUGAAACGGUGCUGGGCGUUCGGUUGGAUAAGGAUUGGCGAAUUUCCGCCUCGGAUUGGCAAAGUACUGAGCUGUCCCAUGUGCAAAGGGAGUACGCCGCCAAAGAUGCGAUUGUGGCGUUGAAGCUUUUUCAGCAUUUCAAUCGGGAUAUUCGCAUGAGCGAUAUGAAUCAGUACGUGGAUUGGCCCUUCAAGACACGAUUCAAUUCAUAGUUUAGAGAAAAUUUAAUAAAUUUCUGAAAAACUUGACAAA